UUGGUUCCGGAGGUUGCUGCGGCCGUGGGAAAUGCUGGCACGCUCGGCGCGGGGCACUGGGACCCUUCUGCUUCGGGUGAGAGCGAGGCAACGUUUUCCAAAGGGUCGGGACGGAGAUCACCCGGGUCCUCAGCUGGGAAGGAGCGGAAUUCCAACUUUGGGAGAGGGCUGGGGUCAGAGGUCAUGGGCCCCACGUGUGUUCCUCUCCGAGGAUUUUGAGGGUCGCGGUUUAGUGAGAUACCUUCAGGACAGAGGGGCGGGGUGGCGGGUCACCUGGGAUCUCUGCUCACUGUCGUCUUUCUUUCAGGGCUGUCUACAGGCUUCUGGCCGCGCUCCGCGCCGCGCCUCCUCCGGAUUACCCCGAAACACUGUGGUACUUUUUGUGCCGCAGCAGGAGGCCUGGGUGGUGGAGCGAAUGGGCCGAUUCCACCGGAUCUUGGAGCCUGGCUUGAACAUUCUCAUCCCUGUGUUAGACCGGAUCCGAUACGUGCAGAGUCUCAAGGAAAUUGUCAUCAACGUGCCUGAGCAGUCGGCUGUGACUCUCGAUAACGUAACUCUGCAAAUCGAUGGGGUCCUUUACCUGCGCAUCAUGGACCCUUACAAGGCAAGCUAUGGUGUGGAAGACCCUGAGUAUGCUGUCACUCAGCUAGCUCAGACGACCAUGAGAUCAGAGCUUGGCAAACUUUCACUGGACAAAGUCUUCCGGGAGCGGGAGUCCCUGAACGCCAGCAUUGUGGAUGCCAUCAACCAGGCUGCUGACUGCUGGGGCAUCCGCUGCCUCCGUUAUGAGAUCAAGGAUAUCCAUGUACCACCUAGGGUGAAAGAGUCCAUGCAGAUGCAGGUGGAAGCAGAGCGGCGGAAACGGGCCACAGUUCUAGAGUCUGAAGGGACCCGAGAGUCAGCCAUCAACGUGGCAGAGGGGAAGAAACAGGCCCAGAUCCUAGCCUCUGAAGCAGACAAGGCUGAACAGAUAAAUCAGGCAGCAGGAGAAGCCAGUGCAGUUCUGGCCAAGGCCAAGGCUAAGGCUGAAGCUAUCCAAAUCCUGGCUGCAGCUCUGACACAACAUAAUGGAGAUGCAGCAGCUUCACUGACUGUGGCCGAGCAGUAUGUCAGCGCGUUCUCCAAACUGGCCAAGGACUCCAACACUAUCCUACUGCCCUCCAAUCCCGGCGACGUCACCAGUAUGGUGGCUCAGGCCAUGGGCGUAUAUGGGGCCCUCACCAAAGGCCCAGUACCAGCGUCCCAGGACUCAGUCUCCAGCAGAAGCAGCAGAGAUGUCCAGGGCACAGAUGCAAGUCUUGAUGAGGAACUUGAUCGAGUCAAGCUGAGUUAGUGGAGCUGAACUUGGCCAGGGAGUCUGGGGACAGGGAAGUAUACUCUUUAUACUUCUAGAGCCUGACUCUAGCCUCCCUGCCAAGAUUUUGGUUUUUAUUUUUUUAUUUGAGUUUUAAUCAUGUAAUAAACUCACUAGUGGCGAACGAGAAA